AUGUAUUUCCAGUAUUGCUCUUAUGAACCAAUGGAUUUAAAGUAUGUCCAACAAAUAGCCUCGUAUGAAGUAACAAAGAUAAAUACUGCGUACCUGAGCGGUGUCUCUUCUCAUUUUGGAAACAAAUUACGCAUGUUUUUGAACAUGACCUUGAAAAAGGAUGAACGAAUAAAGGCAGUAAAAAACAAAAUGAAGAAGAAUAGCGGCCCGGAAGAAGAAGCGUCGGCUAUAGUGAAGACGAUCGUGGAACAAUGCAACAAAGUCAAAUCUAAAUGCCUUGAGGCAUUUAAAAGCAUUUUAAAAACUAUCAAGGCAUUCAUUUUACCCUAUGUGGCUAUCGGUACGCUUAUCUUAAGCACGCAAAUUUUGAAAAACCCUAUUACCAGCCAUUUGGACAAAGAAAUAAUAUGGGUUUCUGUUCUCAAUGUCGCAGCAAAGGCAAUGAAGCCACAGAAUGAAAGAAAAACAAUGAAGUUAAGGGGAAUGCUGUUCACUGAGGGUGUUGGUGUAUCUGUGUUGAAACAAAAUGAUAAUAUGAAGAAAGGCGGUAGUGGUACUGGUAGAAGAACGAAAGCAGUGGAUGAAGAAGAUUUCAAAUAUGUAGAAAAGUUGGAAAAAGAAGUGCUACUGGCUGGUAUCGGCAAGUGUGUGUUGACAGAUCCUGGUCGGCGAGACAUGCUAUAUUGCAUGCAUGAAGAAAGCACCAUAGAAAACAGGAGGACAUACAGAUACACAAGUAAUCAAAGAAUUAUUGAGACAAAGACAAGAAAAUUCAAGAAGCUCCGGGAGAACUUGAAGCCUGAUAAUGUCAGAGCUGUCGAAGUAUCAUUGUCAAAUUGCAAAUCUUCAACAGUUAAUGUAGGCAAGUUUGCCAAGUACCUCCAGAAAAGAGCAACAGUAACACCAGUCUUGAGUAAGUAUUACGCAAAUGAAGAUAUUCCUGCUGUAGAUGCAAACUUGCUGCCAUUUCGAAAAAUGAAACCUCCCAGCUUUAUAAAUGGACAGCAAGCAGACAAACGACUGACCAGGAAUCUGAUAACAAAGCUCGGUGAUGAUGCUACCCUGAUAAUUGGCAACUGGUCUACCGGAAAUGUCAAGUUUCACGAGCCUAUUAGAGGUACUGGAAUGAGAAGGAUGCUAGCUAAACAAGGAUUCAAGAUAUGCCUUCUUGAUGAGUGUAAAAUAUCUAGCUUAUUCCCUUCAUGUCUGAGCGGUAAACUUGAAAAGUUCAAAAAAGUUCAAAAUUCAAGACCUUUCCAGAGAGAAAAGCAACCAACUGUAACAUGUCAUGGCACUUUAAGGUGCAAAAACCAACAAUGUUUGGAGGACACGACUGGUACAAUUUCUCGUCGUCGUCUUUGGAACCGUGAUAUGGUGGCCACUUUAAAUUUCAGGCACAUCCUUUUUGGGCUGCGUGAAAACGGAAAAAGACCAGAGCGCUUUUGCAGACACAACGCACCUCCUUCUACUAGCUUCAAAAGAAAGGCGAUCUCAUCAGCUAUUAGUAGACCAACCAAGAAAACAACCAAUCCUUUGUAG